GGCCCGGCCGGGCUGGCUGGCUGGCAGCUGGUGGCGCCAGGUGGCAAGAGCAAGCGGGGCGCACGGUCCGCUUGCUUCUCGGGCGCUGGGGCCCAGGAUGCUGGGGAGGCGCCGCGGCGGCCCCUCACUCGUCCCAGAUGUUGAUCAUCUUUCAGAAGUAGACUCUCCAUGGCCUAAAUAUUUCCUGAAAAUCAUUUGACUGGAACAUCUUUUUAAUAACAAGAUAACAACAUCAAGAUGGUUGGAAAACUGAAGCAGAACUUAUUAUUGGCAUGUCUAGUGAUUAGUUCAGUGACUGUGUUUUACUUGGGCCAACAUGCCAUGGAAUGUCAUCACCGAAUAGAAGAACGUAGCCCAUCCCUCAAAUUGGAGAGCACAAGGACCACUAUGCGAACCAACCUGGACGUCAAAGCCAACAAAACCUCUGCUUAUCACAAAGAUAUGCCUUUAAUCUUUAUUGGAGGUGUACCUCGGAGUGGAACCACACUCAUGAGGGCCAUGUUAGAUGCACAUCCUGAUAUUCGCUGUGGAGAGGAAACCAGGGUCAUUCCUCGAAUCCUGGCCCUGAAGCAAAUGUGGUCACGGUCCAGUAAAGAGAAAAUACGCCUAGAUGAAGCUGGUGUCACUGAUGAAGUGCUGGAUUCUGCCAUGCAAGCCUUUUUACUAGAAAUCAUUGUUAAGCACGGGGAGCCGGCUACGUAUUUAUGUAAUAAAGAUCCCUUUGCUCUGAAAUCCUUAACCUAUCUUGCUAGGUUAUUCCCCAAUGCCAAAUUUCUCCUCAUGGUCCGAGAUGGCCGGGCAUCAGUACAUUCAAUGAUUUCUCGGAAAGUUACUAUAGCUGGUUUUGAUUUAAACAGCUAUAGGGACUGUCUAACCAAGUGGAAUCGUGCCAUAGAGACCAUGUAUAACCAGUGUAUGGAGGUUGGUUAUAAAAAAUGCAUGUUAGUUCAUUAUGAACAGCUUGUCUUACAUCCUGAACGGUGGAUGAGAACACUCUUAAAAUUCCUCCAUAUUCCAUGGAACCACUCUGUGUUACACCAUGAAGAGAUGAUUGGGAAAGCUGGGGGAGUGUCCCUGUCAAAAGUGGAGAGAUCUACUGACCAAGUCAUCAAGCCAGUCAAUGUGGCAGCUCUGUCUAAAUGGGUUGGAAAGAUACCUCCAGAUGUCUUACAAGAUAUGGCAGUGAUUGCACCCAUGCUUGCCAAACUUGGAUAUGACCCCUAUGCCAAUCCACCUAACUAUGGAAAACCUGAUCCCAAAAUCCUUGAAAACACGAGAAGGGUCUAUAAAGGAGAAUUUCAACUACCUGAAUUUCUUAAAGAAAAACCUCAGACGGAGCAAGUGGAGUAGCAGAGCCAAGAACCUCUUUAAUACUUGAGGGAAGACUGCUGCCUUUUCAAGAAAGAAAUAUUUCUAGGCCUGGCUCUUUUGUGCUGAGAACAAUGGAAUGUGUGUGCUACAACCCUUCUUUCUCUGCUUCAGAUGCCAGUCUCCUCCCUGAGAGGGUGGGUUGGCAUAGCUGGACACCUGCAGCUCUCCCUGCUGAUCUGCUUCUCGAGGCCUUGAUCUUAAUUUCUUGCACAUUCCUGUUGGUAAGGAGUCUGGAGGCAACACAUGCUUUCUAUUGAAGCCAUUGUAGUCCUCUUUUCUUACCAGAUUACAAAUUUUGUUUUCAUUGGACUGAUUAAAAACAAAAUCCUUUAAGCAUAACUAGGCAGUUUGUCUUAGAAUAGGUUGUCUGUACCUGUUCUAAUGUCUUGUUGAACACCCUACGCCUGCUUAAAUGUAUUGAUGUGGAUAAUAUUAAAUGUCUUAAUUAUUUAAAUAAUUCAUUGUUUUGAGAAGCUGAGGAAUUACUGUAUACAUUUACAACUUAAUGACUUUUGUAUUUUUUCAAAAUAAAAGCUUUAAAUGUGAAGAA